AUGGAAGAAUCACCUAUGCCAUUGCCUUUGCCUAUUAUCUUAGGAAGACCCUAUAUGAAAACUGCUGAUACAAAAAUUUGUGUGAAAAAGGUUAUUGUGAGUAUAAAGGUGAAUGGUGAGAAGAUAGAAUUCAAAAUAUUUAAGGCAUUGCAAUUAAAUCAAGAUGAUUUAGAAUGCUUUAAGGUUUGUAUGAUCCAAAGUGCUAUUGAUAAAGUUUUCCAGGUUCAUCGUAAUGAUCCAAUGGAGGCCACCCUCACCCACAGUUUCACAAAACAAGACACUAAGCUAGAUUUUGAAGAUGUUACUAAUGACAUCAUUGAAGCUGUACACCUCCUUGAGGCCUCUCCACCACGUUCAAGUAAGUACAUUCCUCUCUUUAAAACUCUUGUGCCUACUAAUACUACUAUUGUCCCUUCUAUUGUCCAGGCACCAAAAUUGGAAUUGAAGCAGUUGCCAGAGCAUCUUACAUAUGCCUACUUGGGAGAGAACAAAACACUACCUGUAGUAGUUGUUGCAAAUCUAAGUUUUAGGGAAGAAGAGAAGCUGUUUGGGACACCAAGGGCAAUAAUCAGUGAUGGAGGUAGCCAUUUCAACAAUUAUGUCUUUGCUUCUUUAAUAAAGAAGUAUGGGAUCACACAUAAGGUUGGCACUCCAUACCAUCCUCAAACCAGUGGUCAAGUGGAGAUAAGCAACAUAGAGAUCAAAAGCAUCCUAAAAAGGACAGUGAAUCCCAACAGGAAGGAUUGGUCUCUAUGGUUGAAUGAUGCACUAUGGGCUUAUAGGACUGCAUACAAGACACCUAUUGGUAUGUCCCCAUAUCGGUUGGUCUUUGAGAAAGCAUGCCAUCUACCAGUGGAGUUGGAGCACAGAGUGUAUUGGGCCAUCAAGAAGUUCAACUUUGACAUGAAACAAGCUGGUGACAAGAGAAAGCUGUAG